AGUAUUGUUACAGAAUAAUAGUAGUGAAAAAAAAAAGAGGCCAGUGACAGCAAGCUAAAGAAGAGAAAGGGAGGAAAGAAGAGUGAGAAAGAAAGAGCAAUAAACGUUGUCUAUAAAACAACAGCUAAAGCAUAAAGAAAAGGGGAGAAACUUUAUUAAUCUUAUAGUUAUUUAUACGAUAAUUUAAUAAGAAAAGAUAUAAAUCAAUUAGUGAUUUGAUAAUCGCAUGAUUCUUAAUAAUCGCUUGAAAUUAACUUUAAUGCUCCUCUUUGUAUAGUGAUCUAUCGUUUUUGUUUUGUUACUUUUCUCUAAAAUCGUUGACUUUGUUACAAUAUGAUCUAUUACGCUUAUCUUUUCGUCUUGUUCUGUUUAUUCUCGGCUACGGAUAAUCUGCCAACUUCUAGUAUAUUAACUAUGGUCAUUCCGAAGGAAAAAACGCCUCCGAAAGCCAAUAAUUCCCAGGCCCAGGGAAAAUCAUUGAAUUUGACUGGAAAAACUCUUAGUAAACAAGACUUUAAUCAGAUUGGAAGUAUGGAUAAUUUAAUGGAUUUGAUUAUGGAACGCAAUCGAUUAAACGAUUCUCUCCUCAAAGAAAUUCCGUUUAAAAAAUUAACGAACUUACAGAGACUUUCCUUGGCGGAUAAUGAAAUAAGUUUAAAUGAAAACAUUCAACUGUUCAAAGGGCUUGAAAAUGUUCAAGAAUUGAAUUUAGGAGGAAAUUCUAUUAGAGAAGAAACAUUGAAUUUUGAAUCAGUAUGGAGUAGUUUCAAGUCGUUAAAAGUUCUGAAACUAAACGGGAAUAUACUGAGGAACAUUACUAAUUUUCCAGCAUCAUUUCAAAUCUUACAAACGUUCGAGUGCGAAAAUUGUCAGAUAGACAAUAUCGCCGGAAGUAUCUUUAAUCAACAAAUGAAAUACGUGGAAAGGCUAUACUUGAAAGAUAAUAAUAUUAAUUCUUUACCCGAAAUUCAAGCAGGCUCCUUACUACAGUUGUCAAGUGUUGAUUUAACUAAUAAUUCUAUUGUUGAACUCCCAAUUUGCUCUUUUUGCAGUUUACCUAACUUGUCUGUUGUUAAACUUGAUUCGAAUCCUAUUCAGGCAAUGGCUAUGUCUGCCUUUAGUGAUCUUCCCAAGUUAACAACUGUUACUAUGUCGAACACAAACUUGACGGAGAUUCCUGACAAUGCUUUUAUUAAAUGCUCAAAAUUAUCUUAUCUAGACGUUUCGUCGUCGAAUAUUGAAAAAAUCUCCCCUAAUCUACCAUUUUGGAAUAGUUUAACCAACCUGCUCAUAUCUAAUAAUCAUUUUUGUUGCGAUUGUCACCUGAAACAUUUAAGGAUUACUAUGCUCAAUAAAACGGACAAAGCAUUUUGCAGUACACCAAAACAUUUGAAAGGAGAGAUCCUUAUGUCGUUGAAGCCCGAUCUCUUCGUUUGCCAAGAUGACAAUAUACCUCGAUUAGGUGUUUCUCCUUUGGCAGUUGUCUUCGGUUCCAUAACAGCUUUUAUGGCCUUGUGCGCGUUACUAUUUACAAUAGUCUACGUAAGAAAGGCGAAAGCAGCGAAAAAGGAAAAUCUUUUGAACGAGACCCCUAGUCAAAGACCCCUUCCCGAAGGUUGUACAGGAGAAGAUAUGUUCGUAGGAGGAUUCAACUUCAGCCUUUUAGAAGAUGAUGACACUUUUCCGGUCGAAAAAAAACCGGAGAUAAUAAGAACAGAAAGUGAAGACGUUAAUAAAGAUCCAGAGAUAAGAGUUAUCGGCGAACAUCAAAAAUCUUCCGAAGUAGAAUUUGCACCCAGUGGUCUAAAUACCGAAAUAACACCCGAUUUUUAUAAGAUCGCCGGAACUGAAUGGUUCGAAGAUGACGACGAACUAGUGCUAGGCGACCCCGUAGUUUUAAAGUUGAAAUUAUAG